AUGGACCAACUGCAAACGUUCUCCCAGUCCACUGGUUUGGUGGUUAACCCUGCGAAGUGUAUGGUGUACUUCGGGGGGGUGAAUGCGGAGACCAAAAGCGACAUCUUGGCUUCUACUUCGUUCAUGGAAGGGGAGUUACCUUUUCGGUACCUGGGUAUUCCUCUCACUUGUAAACGGCUUCCUAUGCAUCAUUAUAUGAGUUUGGUGGACAGAGUUGUUAGCCGGAUUUGUCAUUGGAGCUCCAAGACUUUUUUGUGGACAGGCAGCGAGGAGAAGUCGAGAAAAUCCCCAAUCGCGUGGAAAAUAAUCUGUAAGCCGCGGAAAAAUGGCGGUCAGGAUGUGAUGGAUUUAUCAGAUUGGAACGUGGCCUGUUUAACAAAGCUGUUGUGGAACCUUUGCAAUAAAAAGGAUUCUCUUUGGGUGAAAUGGAUUCACGCGUUUUACUUCAAAACAACAACUAUUAUGCAGAUCCAGGAAAAACAGGGCAUGUCUUGGAUUUUAAAAGCUAUUCUUAGACAUAGAAUUAUUGUUUAUGGCAUAGAUGAUUGGAAUGGAAUGACGGCGAAAUACUCGGUGGGUAAGGUGUACCAGUACCUCAAGAAGGAUGAUCCUGAUGUUGGUUGGAAACACAUGUUAUCCAACAAUAUUGCUAGACCGAGAGCCCGGUUUACUAUGUGGAUGGCUUGCCACCGUCGACUUGCGACAAGAUGA